AUGCUCGGUGUGCUCAUUACACCUCUAUCCCGAGGCAACGUAACAAUCAAGUCCACAGAUACUUCUGACCUCCUAAUUAUCAACCCCAACUGGCUGAGUGACCCUGCGGACCAAGAAGUCACGGUCGCAAUUUUCAAGAGAAUGCGACAGGCUUUUCAAAGCAAGGCCAUGGUACCGGUCAUCAUUGGCGAAGAGUAUUUCCUGGGGCCUCAUGUCCAAUCCGACAGUGACUUUCUGGAGUUUAUCAAAAACAAUCUGAUGAUUCUAUGGCAUGCUGGCUUUACUGACAAAAUAGGAAUGCUGUAUGAUGAGAUGGCUGUGGUUGAUGCGUUUUGUCGAGUGUAUAAUGUACAUGGGCUGCAUGUGGUCGAUGCCAGCGCUUUCCCUUUCCUUCCUCCUGGACAUCCACAAUCUACUGUUUAUAUGCUUGCUGAGAAGAUCUUUGACGCUCUAGUUCGGGGCUCAUAG